AUGAUGGCAAGCGUGAUCAUCCAGUUUCUCGCUUUCCUGCUCUGCACCGGCGCAUGUGCCGCGUCGCCUGCCGCCGUAGUGGAUGCCGUGGACGCGCUACGGCCACUUCCGCUGCGCACCGGCCCGGUCACUGCCUCCGCCACGGCCACGGCCACGCCCAGCGCCAGUGUUACCGCCGACCACCACCGCACCACUGUCCCUCUCUCCAGCUCCGUGACGCCCAGCGCGACGCUGGCACCGCCCCCGCCCGAGCGCACCGUCACCGCGAGCGGGCACCACACCGUCACGCCUGCCGUCACGCCUUCGCUGUCGCCGCAGGCGUGGGUUGACGUCUACUUCGAGGUGGAGAACGUUUCCCUCACACCGGUGAGGCUCGUGGCCCUGCUGCGCCGCGUGGUCUGGAGCGGCACAAGCGUGGAGAUGGUCGCCGGCGGCGUCUUUGCCGACACUUGGGACCAGGUUUUCUUCGAGUCUGCGCGUCGCGCCGGAGAGGCGGUGGCGGCCGCCAAUGAAGGCGAGGUGCCCGGCGUGCGAAGCGCCUCCUACGCGGCCCCCGCCGCCCCGACCCACAAGAGCAGCGACACCACCGUCGUGGUUGUGGUUGUGGUGGUUGUGAUUGUGGUCCUCGCCCUGGCGGCGGCGGGGGUGCUGUUUUGCCGCAGCUACUACCGUGGCAAGGACUGGCGCUCGGGCCGCUACGACGAGGACUUUGCGAUGAACUCCGCGACGACGCCGGUGAACCUGAACGAGUUGCUUUUAACGAACCUUGGCGGCGACGGCAGGAGGAGUCAGGAUCACAAAUCGGUGGCCUCGUAG